AUGUUACUUUUUAAAUUGUUUACCUUAAAUGAUGGAUUGCAGGAACAAGGUACGUAUGCUGACUUUGUUGAAGGACUGAAAGUUUUCGACAAGGAAGAAUGCGGCAAAAUUCUUGCCGCUGAACUCAGACAUAUUCUCCUCGCCCUGGGAGAGCGACUCAGUGCUGAUGAGGUAGACGAGAUUCUGAAGGGAGCUGAAGACGCAGAAGGCAUGGUUAAGUAUGAGGGGCAGACCAGUGUAACUCCUCUUGUUUUAGACUUCAUCAAGAAGGUUCUGGCUGGUCCAUUCCCCGACUCAGACUGA